CAGCGGCGGACGGUCCUCCGGCACCUCCUGGUCAGCGACAAGUACCGCUUCUUGUACUGCUACGUGCCCAAGGUGGCCUGCUCCAACUGGAAGCGCAUCCUGAAGGUGCUGGACGGGGCGCUGGAGAGCGUCGACGUCAAGCUGAAGAUGGACCACAAGAGCGACCUGGUGUUCCUGGGGGACAUGAAGCCGGACGAGAUCAGCUACCGCCUGAAGAACUACUACAAGUUCAUCUUCGACGCCGACUACGUCCUCCAGCGGGUCCGGUCGCCCUCCUUCGUCCGCUUCCCCGAGCGACAGUCGUGGUACAAGCCCGUGACGGCAGAAACGCUCCAUUACUACCUGUGCAACACCCAACGCCGGCUGAUAAAAGAGCUGUUAAUAAAAUAUAUCCUGGAUUUCUCCCUCUUUGCCUACCCCCUUCCCAACAUAACCAGCGAGUUCUGUAGGCAAUGA